AUGGGUAUCCCUACGACUACAGCCCUAGGAGCCCCGCAUGAGUCGGUCUGUAAGACUGAAACUACAUCAGCAUCAUCAUCUCAUGAGACUGGCGGUACCCGCGCAGACGAAGGCGAAGCUGGCGAAAAGCCCAAUCACACAGUCUCCAACGAUCCAAAGCAAGAUGUGACCCAGACACAAGCCAAGAAGAGAUUCUGCACUUUCGCUGUGAACAAUGGUCUUACCGACUCACCUGGACUCCCACCAGAGUUGCGGUUAAUGGUCUACAAAGCCGCGUUCCCUGAAAUGGACCCAUUUCUCGUCUAUGAAAGUCCUGAUGACUAUGCAAAGAACAAAUUAGUCUUCAUUGGACCUAUCGGCCAUUGCGACCAUCACGCAUACCUUCUCAAAGACCCAAUCCUGGGAGACGUAGUGUGCGCACGUUGCGCACGCGCACCGCCCAAGAACGAUCGGCUUCGAGCGGCACUGGGAAGUAACUUCGCCCGUGAUCCGGUUACUCGUUUAGAGUUUCUCACGGAGUACGUACGCCAGGUCCAGUUUUGUUGCAAACCACGUUAUCAUCACCAUCAUGACAGAGAUCACCGAGACCUACAGCAAUUCUUAUCCAUACUUGCUGCGUCAAAUCUUAUUGAAUCAUUCAGAUAUCUCACCAUUCUAGUCCCUUGGAAUGGAGUAGGGACUAAGCACACACCUCUUCCGAAAUCUGACGCAAUCUAUAUUGCUUAUGUUCUUACCAUCUUAUAUCGCUAUAAGCCAAAAUGCGAACUGACAUUCUAUCAUUACAAUACACGGAUCCUCAGGCGGUUACUCGAUCGUAUAGUGGAGCUAGGCCAAACAAAUCCUUUACGCCAUAGAAUUGGCAACAGCGAUCAAGGCUCCAGAUCAAAUUUUGCCGAUUUCUCUAAGGCGAGUGGCGAUCUUGUUAGACAAGACGAACUACUGGAUAAAUUGAGCAGGCGUCUGAAAAGAGAUGUUUUUAGAACGCGGAGAGCAAAAGCGGAGCAUAAGUACGAAACACUCAAGUAUCCCAUCGAUUUUAGCAAGUGGUCAAUCUGUGGCAAGCAAAGGUGGUUUUUGGAAAUUCCAAAAAGCUUACACGCUUCAUAA